CUGUGUUCCGCGGCCCAACCCAGAGGCUGCCUCGCGCGCGCGAUGGGGCUGCCGUUCAACCCGCUCGCCCCCGUCGACCGCAUCGCGGGCGUCGAGAUAUCUCGGGCGCAGUGCGCCGAGAUGAUGCAGACCGACUGCUCGAUGCAGGGAGCGAUCGGUGUCAACGGCCACUGCUACGUGCUGAGCGAGCGGGGCCAUACAUGCAGCGACGCGUGUGAGGGAGCGGCGCGCGUCGACGUGGAGGCGACGCGCAAGUUCUCCACAGACAGCGCGGUGGUCACUUGCCUCGAGAUGGCGCUCGGGCUCGAGUCGCGGCACGACAUCAUGGACCAAGUGGGGCAGGCAUGCCCUGGGAUCCACCUCCUCAUCGACGGACUGCACCGGUGGCACUGCUACCCGCAGUUCACCGCCUUUGACUUCCCGGCCGGCUUCCGCGCGCCCUGCGCGUGCUGGUCCGCGCCAUCGCCGCCGCCGUCGCCGCUGCCUCCGUCCCCUCCGCCGCCGCCCUCGCCGCUGCCGCCCUUCCCGCCCCCUCACGCGCCGCCUCCAAACCCCAAGGCGCCUCCUGCGCCUCCCGCCGCUCCGCCGCCGUCGCCGCCGCCGCCGUCGCCGCCGCCGCCGUUGCCGCCGCCUUCGCCGCCGCCGCCUUCGCCGCCGCCGCCCUUCCCGCCUCCGCCCUCACCUCCGCCGAUGCCUCCGCCGCCGCCCAGCCCGCCUCCGCCCUCGCACCCGCCGCCCCCGUCGCCGCCGCUGCCGCCCUCGCCGCCCAAUUCGCCACCGCCCUCGCCGCCGCCCUGCGCGGGGCACUACGUCACCGGCCACUGCUGGGUGCUGACGGACGAGGGCCAGUCGUGCACCGACUUCUGCGGCUUCCCCGCCGCGGUCAACGCCGACGAGAUGGGGCGCAGCUCCUCGUCGCCCGACGUCGCCUACCACCUGACCUCGGCGUACUCGCUCAACAACGUCUCCUCGCCGCACUUCCACCGCCUCGGCAAGGAGUGCUCGGGCGAGUCGCAGUACUUGUACAUGCCGCUCGCAAACGGCUGGGACUGCUACAAGCACGAGACCUUCGACCGCAUCGACGGAUGGCAAACCGCAGCCGACGCGCCCGCGACGUCGCGCGGGGCGGCACUCUUCGGGGUCGGGGCCGGCCUCGCCGCGUUCCUCGUCAACUUCGCGCUGGGCGGGCUGCUGCACGGCAAGACGCGCCGCCGCUCGUCGAUGAUCGCUUGCGCGCUGCUCUUCGUCGCGCAGCAGCUCUUCCUCCUCCUCGCUUUCCUCGCCAGCUGCAUGCUCGCCUCCCUCGCAGCGACCGCCCUCUUCACGCUCAGCCCGGCGCCCCUCUUCAUCGCCAUCCCCGGAGACGUCGUCUCCACUCCCCGCGGCCUCGUCCGCAUCACCUCCACCGCCCCGUCCGAGGACGGCUACUCCUCGCGCGCAGUCGCCACACCGGGCUCUCGCGCCCUCGAGUAUGAGAACGAGCCGGGCAGCGAGGAGACGAUUCCCGCCGACGACCUGCACACGUACACGCCGAACGGGGAGACGGCGCUCCGAGGCAAGCUGACCGGCCUCCUCGCAGCGACGGGGCUGCUCACGCCUGUCGAGGGGCUCGUCUCGCUCGCGCCAACCUCUGCAGUCAGCUGCUGCCUCAGCGAGCACGAGGCCAAGCAGAGAGCCGAGAGAGCGACGCUGAGCGGCGCGGUUGCGCGCGGCGGCGGCAGCGGUCAUGCCGUCGAGGGCGAGUCGCGGCUCUACGCGCCGAUCUGCUUUGUGCAGGCCACGUUCGGGUCGGCGCCGCCGCUCUUCUUCCUCUCGGUGCUGCUCGCCAACGAGGGCUUCCACCGGGACAUCCUCGCCAACCGACUCGACGUGCUCACCGUGAGCGUCGCCGCCGCCCUCUGCUUCUUCAACUCCAUCGCCGCCUCGGUCGGGCUGCUCUUCUCCUCCGCAAGUAAGGACCACAAUGUCGUGCGGCACGAGCUCAUCGCCCACCGCGGCACCCUCGUCGGCAUCACCGGCUAUCUGGUCUCCGACAUGGCGCUCCGCGUCGCCGCCGUCGCCACGCUCGGCUCCGCGCUCGACGAGUACGCCAUCGAGGCGGCGCUCGCGGUCUGGGGAGGCGCGGUCGGGGUCACGUUCGUCGCCCGCACCUUCCAGCACGGCCCCGGAGCUUGCCAGUCUGCGGCCGAAGGAGGCGACCUCGUGUCUGGCGCCGUCGGCCUCGCAUACGCCGGGCUCCGUGCGUGGCUUGACGCCAUGGUGCGCGGCACGAUGGCGCUGAUGGCGCCCGCCAUGUUCCCGUACUAUCCGGCCAGCGCGCUCGUGCUGGAUGCUGUGGGCAGCACCGCUGGAUUCGUCGCAGUCGGCUACGCCGGUCUCUCUGACAAUUUGCCCGACCCGCACUUCGACCCGAGCUUCCAGUAUAACGCGGUGCUCCUCCUCCUCGCGCUAGCGACGUGGAAGCUCCUCGCGUUCGCAUUCGUCUUCCUGGACGCGGUGAGCGGGAGGUCGCUAAUCAAGAAGGGGGCGGCGCAGCGAACCGAGCUCUUCUGAUCUCGGCACCUUCUGUAAAGCCCUCGCACGCCGAGCCCGCUCUGAUGUGCGAUGUGCGCGCGCAGAGACAGGCGCACGAAUGAUUGAAAGUCGUCUAUCUAUCUAUAGUUCCCUUCGUACUGUGUUGUAUGAUGAAUGCCGCUGCCGUUGAGAUGCAUGUGCGGUGUGUGUAUCUGGGAGCGAGAGCAGUGUCUACAGUACCUUCACGUGGCAGGCUGCUAAACGCGACAUCAAAGCGGCCG